ACACCCCCCAGGCCGACUCCACCUGCAGGAACGCCUCUCGUCUUGGCUUCAUUGCUUGUGAAUGCUUCGUCUCCUUGUUUCCUCGCUUUCAUCUCCCUCUCCUCCUAUUCUAUCGUCCAUGUUCCAUUACGCCUGUGUUGCAUGUGCACGUGUAUCCUUGCACCGCUUCGUCUCCCUCGCAUACAUGCAUUGCGCCACCUACAUUGUCAUACCAUCGCACCAUCAUCGAGAUACAGAGCCACGUUGAACGAAACACCUGAACAACACAGCACCUUUGACACCCUAACAUGGUAUACUGGUCCCUUUUAUAGCGUAUCCACACUACUGCAUGCACGCCAUUCCACCGAGGCCCGGCCCUUUCGCUCGGGUCCCAACACUACGUACUCCUACUCCCCCAUGUCUCUGCUUGUUGGGAUCCCCAUUCCAGAAUCAUUCCAAAUUUCCGCUAACCUGGUUGCUGCUCUCCGAGGAGCCAUUGCCUGGCUGUGGUCCCACCCUGCGUCGACAUAUGACACGCUUCUGCACUGGUGAUUCAAGGGACGCCAUGGCGAUGCGGGAACAACAUGGGUCGUAUCGCGAUCGAGUGGGACUGUCACUUUCU